AUGAAGAGAUGAUUAGCAACAGCAGAAUCUCUGCCUACAGACCAAAAUGAUAAUUUUUCUGAGCAUUCAAAGCUCCUUAUGGGAAAUCUGUAUAAUACUCAACCUCAUAAGCGCCAUAAGCUUUAUUCCAUUGCAACUGGCAUGAAACCAAAAUUUGAUCAUAUUAAAGGAAUAAAAAGAAUUAUCAAUCAGCAGAUUUUAAAGGAUUCUUUCAAAAAGCCUCGAUUUAUCAUCCAUAACAAUACCAAAUGGAAGGUCAUUUUUAACACAUUUAUUGAUUUUUUACUUAUUUACUCAAUUGGAAGCUGCUUGCAUUUUUUAGCAUUUACCCCACCAGAAGGUGGCACUUUGGUAUGAGAUACGAUUAUGCAAUGCAUUUUUGGUGCUGAUCUGAUAUUUUCUUUUUUUACUGACUAUAAAGAUUACUGUGAUAACCUUAUUAUAUCGCAUCGAUCUAUAGCAAUUAGAUAUUUAAAAUCUUGAUUUUUAGUCGAUUUAAUCUGCCUAAUGCCGUGAAGAUUCAUUAACCCAGACGUUGAAUAUAUCAUCAGACUAUUAAGAUUCUUAAAAUUCUCGCGAAUCCUUAACUUACAGUACAAGUUUUUGAGUUCUUUAUUCAAGAUAAUAAAAUUUUCAAAGCAAGGAAAUGACCUAAACUUAAUCCGAUUCAUCUUUGAUGUGACAUGAAGGCUGUCACAGCUUCUAAUCAUUAUGCUUACUUUUAUAUAUGCAACAGCCUGCUUAUUUAGAGGCUGGUACAUGAAAUGGGAUCACAAUUUUGAUGACGUUUACUUGCAACACUUUUCAGACAGCAAAAAGUUGCUGAGGACGAUGUAUUAUAUUUCGACUACUCUUUUAACAAUUGGAUUUGGAGAUCUCUUGCCUGUAAAUUUAUAUGAAAAAGGAUUCAUGAUCGUAGUAAUUAUUAUUGGGAUAGCAGCAUAUUCUAUUAUUAUGGCAACUUUUAAUAGCACAGUUUCAGAAUUCAAUGAAAUUCUAUCAGAACCAGACCACAGUGCAGAGCUAAAUGAAUGGCUUGUAAAUUUGGAACAAAAACAUGGAGAUAUCCCAGUAGAGCUUAGGGCUCAAAUUGUUUGCCAUUUUGCUAACUAUAAAGAACAUAACAGAUUGAAAGAUAUUGCAGGAAAAUAUUGGAAAGCAGAAACAUAUGAAGAUCUUAUUGCUAUAGAUCACGAGUAUCUACAGUGGCUUCCUAGAUCGAUUAUAAAUUCAAUAAUAAACCGAUUAUAUUCCGACGUUUUUUUUUGGUUUAAAGAGUAUCUCGGCCAAGGGAAUUUUAAAUAUGAUUUGGCAUUUCAUUUUCAACCUAGAGUCUUCCAGCCCGGAGAGCUUAUUUUACAAAGGGGCACAAAAGCUCACGAAGUACUCUUUAUUACAAAAGGAAAAGUUAAUUGUAAAACCUUUGCUAAUGGGGCUCCUAAAGUCUUGCUUCAGUUUUCAAGUGGAAGAACUGUUAUUGGAGACUAUUCAUGCAUAACAAAAGCUCCAGUAUCAAUUGAUUAUGUCGCCGCUGGAGAAGCUCCUGUGCAAGCUUUAGCUGUGCCGAGGAAAGCAUUUAUGCUUAUGCUAAAUGAAGGGUACCCUGAAAAGAAAAACGAUCUGCUCACAAAAUCAUUAAACCGCGAAAUGAAAAUCGGAGAACUACUAGAAACGAUAGGAAAUGCUGAAUUUGAUCAAGAGGAGCUAAAAAAGCAAUUCAGACAAAGCACAAUAGACAUUAAUAAUGAAAGAUCUCCAUCUAAAUUCAGCAGCUCUUGGCUACAAACAGAGGAUACUGAAGAAAAUAAGCAAGAAAAAUUGAUGAAAAUAAUUUUGAAAAAUCAAAAGGAGAUUUUCCGAGUAGUGAAAUCAAUAAAAAGAAAAAUAAAUAAAAAAAUAAACUAA